AAGGAGAUGAUGGAGGAAUGAUGCAUUUGGAGCAGGAGUGGACUGACAACUCAUGGGGCCCCCGGGCAAUAGGGGAUCAUGUGGGCCCCUGUGUCCUUGCCCAAACUCAAAAAAACCUAUGAAAAAGGUACCAGGAGCAUCUCAUAGGGCCCCCUACUGACCCCGGGCCCUCGGGCAGUGCCCGAGUUUCCAAAUGGUCAGUCCGCCCCUGAUUUGGAGCACCACAAGCACUAUACCGCGGGUUCGCAUUUCUCUGCGCGGGCGAUGCGGCUGCAUGGAUUUUCGUGCGGAUCUGCAGCGGCACCACCCACACAGAUGUGAACCUAGUCUUAUUGAACAAGGUGAAGUAAUGCCGGCCAUACAUGGGUCGAAAUUC